AUGGCCUUUUUGUUUAAAUCGAAGAAACACCAACAGGGCGGACCACUUCCUCCAGCGACGAGGAACGUUCACACCUCCGAAGGUGCCCCGUCCAACGGUCCGUCUGCCAUGACCAAUGGCGUCAAGGGCGAGGGAAGCUUGUCGCAGACCCCAACCCCCAGCAGCAGCUACAAUAACUCCUUAAAUUCGGCUGCGAGUCCGACGAGCCCGGAUCCCAUCAGAGUGCGCCAGAGAGCAGAAUCGGAAUCUCAGGUAAGCUUGCCGGGCGACAAUGGUGGAAUGCCGGUCCCUGAUGAAUUGUCUUCCCAGGUCCAACGACCACAACAAGGUCUGAAUGGGGGCCCGCAAAGCCCCGGCAAUUCUCUUUACCCAUGGUCACAACGCCGUCUGAACUUUUCUUCGCCGCAAACGACACCUUUUCCAAGAUAUGGAGCCGCCAUCAAUGCCGUGGCAUCUAAAGAGGGAGAUAUCUAUAUGAUGGGUGGACUGGUCGAUGGCUCAACGGUCAAGGGAGAUUUGUGGAUGAUUGAGCACAGUGGUGGGAGCCUUUCCUGCUUCCAAAUUGCAACGGUCUCUGAAGGUCCAGGGCCUCGAGUUGGCCAUGCCAGUCUACUCGUCGGAAAUGCGUGUAUUGUGUUCGGAGGUGACACCAAAAUCAACGAGAGUGAUGCGUUGGAUGACACACUUUACCUGCUGAAUACCUCUUCCCGACAAUGGUCUCGUGCGAUUCCUCCCGGACCUCGCCCCGCUGGACGGUACGGUCAUACCCUGAAUAUCUUGGGCUCGAAGCUCUACGUUUUUGGUGGUCAGGUUGAAGGAUUCUUCUUCAAUGAUUUAAUUGCAUUUGAUUUGAAUCAGCUACAAAACCCCGCCAACAAGUGGGAUGUUUUGGUCCAAAACAGCCACGAGGGAGGACCUCCCGAAGGAGAAAUUCCUGCGGCCAGAACCAACCACACUAUUGUCAGCCACAACGACAAACUUUACUUGUUUGGAGGAACGAACGGUGUGCGGUGGUUCAAUGAUGUCUGGUGCUACGAUCCUCGUGGUACUGGAUGGUCUGAAAUCGACUGCGUCGGUUUCAUCCCAACACCGCGCGAAGGCCACGCUUCGGCCUUGGUUGGUGAUGUGAUGUACGUAUUCGGUGGCCGCACCAACGAAGGCAUAGACCUCGGUGACCUUUCGGCCUUCCGUAUCUCGACUCGGCGUUGGUACUCCUUCCAGAACAUGGGCCCGGCACCAUCCCCUCGAUCUGGUCAUAGCAUGACUGCGUUUGGAAAACAGAUUAUUGUUAUGGCGGGCGAACCUAGCUCCGCCCCUCGGGAUGCCAAUGAGCUGAGCAUGGCAUAUAUCCUUGAUACAUCAAAAAUUCGAUACCCCAAUGAUUCAGCCACAACCGAACGCAGUGCGGUUCCAACGGGCAGGAAAGUCAGCGUCGACAAGCAAGGACCCGCAUCUGGUCGAACAUCUCGGGAGGCACAAAGUGCCACUCCUGACCAGUCACGUCGCGGUCCGACACCGUCCCGCGAAAGUUUAACUCAGCCCAUAGGCGGUAGACCUGGGGAGUUUGGAUCGAACCCCAACCUCGGACCGGGACCGGGGUCUCGGCUCCCAAGGGCUUCAAUUGCCCAGGCGCCCUCUGGACCACCUCCUCCGGGCCAAGCGCCUUCUCCUGGCCCUCGUGCCAAUGGGCCCCAGCCCGUCGUAAAUCCUCGCAGCAAAACCCCGACCAAGAUGGACCGUGGGUACACUGGUACCGUUGAUAUACGCGUCGCGAAUGCUGAUCGAGGUGUCGAGUCUCCGGUGGCCAAAGAACAACCGCUCGAUUCACAAGCAUCGAGUGGUCAGCGUACCCCCACCCAGCAACAGCAAAAGAUUGCUGCCAAGGCAAUGGAAGCUGGUGAGGCCGCUCCGAUGAUAUCCACUCCCGGCCGCCAGCGGUCUCUUCGCUCGCAUCGGCAGCGUGGCUCGAUGGACAGCGCAGAAGAAUCUGUUCUUGGACGUCAAGUCAGCAUUGAUGGAUCUAUCGAGUCUCGAAGCUUCCGAAAUUCUAAGACGCUCGCUGACGAGCCUCGUUCACCGAGAUUGACCCCACACCAAGAGGCCUUGAUCAAGGAACUUGAGGCGGCCAAGGCACGGAACGCCUGGUACGCCUCUGAACUGGCGCUAGCAAGAAAGGGCGGUUACGUACCGAACUCAUCUAGCAGUCCCGCCAUUGACGAUCGUGCUAGCGAUUCACUGAAUGAUGAAGAUCGUCCUCUGAUUGAAGCAUUCCUAUCGAUGAGAGCUGAACUGUCUAAGAUGCAGGCCACCGUAGACAGACAAGCAGCCAUCGCAUCCAAGCGCAUUGCUGAAGUUGAGCACCAACGUGAUGUCGCUGUCAGCGAGGCCGCCUAUUCUCGUGCCAGACUCGCUGCCCACGGCGGCAGCCAACGCGGAACCCCGCAACCCGAGAUUUCUCGCGAAAGUGAAGACGGUGAACGCCCAACUGACAUGGGUCGUCGUCUUGCAUUGGCUCUGGCAUCCCAGUCUGAACUGAAAGGCAGACUUGAUGUCUUAAUCGUGGACCUCCAGCAGGAGAAACAGGCCAGAGAGUUGGCAGAGGAUACCAACGAAGCUACCCGCAAACGUUUGGCAGAGCUUGAGAUGCAGAGCAACGCCCUUGAGGCAGAGAAUCUGCGUGCCGAGCUACAUCGCGCGGAAGCUUCCUCCAGGGAAGAGGCUCUCUUACGUGCGGAGGCUGAGGCUUCGUUGAAACAACUUGUUCUUGAUAAAGCGGAGCUUCUUCAUCAAAUCGAGGAUUAUUCAGGCCGCCUUAUUGAAUUUAACAAUAACUUUGGUACACUGAAAGAAGCCGUUGGGGCUUCCGCUGCAAAAUCCGCUAUUAUCGAAAAGAGGCUGGAGGAGGAGAGAGAACGUCGGGAGGGCCUUGAAAGGAAACUCUUGCAACUCCGCUCUGAACACGAGGAGCGAACAACGGAGUUGGAGAAUACAACCCGCCGCUUGCGCGAGGCUGAAGAGCUCGCUGAGACUCAUGCCAAGGAAGCUGAAACCCAUAAGUUGGCUUUCGUUUCCGGUCUUGAGCGUGCCUCGUCAACUGAUCUGGACGCUUCUAUCCGGUCUCGUGCUGAUCAGCGCGUCGCCGCGCUGGAAGCUCAGAUUGAAAGGUCUGGCACUCUGGCCAAGGCCAACCAGGCGGCCGCUGAUUCAGCAGCUGAGAAGUUACGCCGGGCCGAAGAGCGAAUCGCUGGCCUUGAGGCUUACCAAGAGCAGGCUAGUCGUGAAGGACUACAGCUACGCCGACAGCUACAGACAGCUAUGAAGGAAACUCAGGCUGCUACUGCUGAUAGUAGGGACUUGAAAGCCCAACUCGAUUCUCACCAACGAGAGGCCGGGGCCUUGAACAUUCAGCACGCAGCUUUGAAGGACCUUUUAGGUGAGCGAGGCGUUAACCCCGAUACUCGCCGGUCUCCUCGCCUCGAGUCGCCGGGCUCACGCUUCGGCACUCCCGAGCAGACCCGGUUGCGCGAGCUGGAGCAACAGCUGUCUAGCAGCAUGAAAUCUCAUGACGACUUGAAAUCUACAUUCGAGUCUCGGGAGCAAGAAGCUGACCGUGCAUUCCGCGAGAAGCUUGAGCAGCUUGAAAAUGACUACCAAUCAGCCGUCCACUACGUCAAAGGCACUGAAAAGAUGUUAAAGCGUAUGAAGGACGAGCUGAGUCGUUACAAGGCUCAGAAUGCCAAGAUGCAGUCCGAGUUAGAAAUUGCAAACAAGAGUGUCGAAGACUCUAGCAACCAGUCCGAGAGUUCUGCUGAAUGGGAAAUCGAGCGCUCCCAGCUCCAGAAAUCCAUCGCCGACCUAGAGCGAAACACUUCAUCGUCGAUUGAGAAUCUAGAAAGCCAGGUCACUCAGCUCAGGGAGCAACUUGUUAUUGCGGGUACUGAGAAGGAAAGAUCGCUGACUGAGCACGAUCGUCUCAAGCAAGAGCUGAUGGCUACCGCGGAGCGUACUCGUGCCGAAUUGGAGCAGUACAAACAGGAAAACCUUCACUUGGAGACCCGGGCCUCCGACGCAGAGCAGAAAGUCAACAUGCUUCUGCAGCAGGUUGAGACCUCCGUGGGUCACUAUCGCCGUCAGUCCCAGCUCAUUCCGGGCACUAAUGGAAUUUCCCGCAGUCUCAGUAACGCCUCUAGCAAUACUGCUGGUGGGCGAGCGCGAGCAGACAGCAAUGUUUCCCAAGAAUCUACUACCUUCCCCGAUAACCGAGGAUCCAUGGCUCUCGACUCCCUUGCCAAUGAACUGGAGACCCUUCGCAGCCACUGGGAGAGCACCAACCGCAACUACCGCCUCAGCAGUCAGCUUGACAUGGAACGCACCCCCACUAAAGAGGACAGCAACGGGCCAGCCUUGAUGACUGACAGCCUAGCUGAAUGGCGGCGGCGCCUGGAUGAAGAAGAGCGAACUGUCACUGGUGCCAACAAGCCAAAGACGAUGCCCUCGGGCACGAGCGCGGCCAACGUCAUCUAA